UGUUUGAAGGACCUUUGAAUUUGUUGAGGAAGAAUCAACUUUAAAAAUGUCAUCUACGUCCCAAAAGCACAGAAAUUUUGUAUCAGAGCCUAUGGGAGAUAAAGGCGUGAAUGAACUUGCUGGCAUUGGCGAAGUAUUGAGCAAAAGAUUAGAAGCAAAAGGUUUUGAUAAAGCAUUUGUUGUGUUGGGCCAGUUUUUGGUGCUAAAGAAGCAUAAAGAAUUGUUUAUAGAUUGGAUGAAAGAUAUCAGUGGAGCAAACAGCAAGCAAGCAUCAGAAUGCUAUCAGUGUCUCUCCGACUGGUGCGAUGAGUUCUUGUAAUCCUAUGAGAUAAACUUUUUUUUGUCUGUAUAUAAACAUUUUAGGAUAUUUUUAUAAUAUCUUUUGAGGACACUAAAACGUGCCAUCAUACAAAAUUACCUCUUUUUAGGUUGCUGUCCACUCCCAGUUUAUUUUAAUUCAUUCAUACCUAAUUUCAUUUAUCACUCAAUUGUCUUUUGUUUUAAUUUUGAAUUUUGCAAUUAAAAUUUUAUAUUUAAAAGAAAUUAUUGCUCUUUAAAACUCGUAUUACUUAGAAAACUCAUGUGUAUAUGUACAUCACUUUUUAUUCAAAAAGAGCAUUUAAGGAAAGUUUUGAAUUUGUUAAAAUAUUUAUAAUGAUGUGAAGUUUAAAAGAAUUUUAAGAUUAAAGUAUUGUGUUUUUUUUUUAAUUUCAAGCUUUUAGAUUUGUCAUGCUUGAAUCUCAACUUACUCGGUAUUCUUGUAUUGUAGCAUUUUAUUGAUGUUUUGCUAAACAAUGUCACUUGUAUUCAACUUCCUAUUAUCUCUGAAGUAAAGGUGCAUCAAGUGUUGUGAUAAUUUGUGAUGUAUUUCUUUAAAAAAUACAAUACUUGUAUAAAUUUACUGAUUUCAUGUAUCAUUUUAAACUAAAGCUUCUGAUAGUAUCUAAUGUUUCCUAGUGAGUUUGCUCCAUUAUUUCAUUCUUUGCUGUAUUUUAGUAUGUUCAUUUUAUGUUAAACAGUUUUCUUAUUUACGAAGUGAUGAAUUUUUUGCAGCUGAGAAAUAAAAGUUGUAUUUUUAGA